GUCAAGGGGAACUUGUCCACUGUCGCAAGUAGCCCAUUCUUUCCGGACACUUUUUUUUUUCUUCUUUUGAACUCGAACGAACUCGACAUUCUCGUAGCAAGUCUUUCUAGGUACUGACUCCAUCCUCUCCCGCGUUUUCAACAGGUGUCACCAGCGACCCAAACCUCACCCGGCGCAUCAUCGCAGACUUCAGUCGCAGGAUAUUCGCACCCCGAACCUCCAACAUGGCCUCAGUCGGCGGCUUUGACCGCCCACCACAGCGGGACUCAUGGUUCGCCCCAUUCUCCAUCGACCUGUUUCUCAAGGUCCUGAACGUGACCUUCUUCCAUCCAUUCGUCGCAUGGAUGAUACCGCUGUGCUUUCGCGCCGAGCACAUGGACUGGGACAAGACCCCGAUGCAGGUCUCGAUAUGGUAUGCGUGGGCCAUAACCAUCUGGUGGAUGCUGGGCGAGAUCAACAAGCGCGUGGCAUUCGGCCUCCCUCGCGACGUUAACCUCGAGGACGAGGUCAUUGUCAUCACUGGCGGCGCGAGCGGUCUUGGCCUUCUCGUCGCAGAGGUGUAUGGCAUGCGCGGCGCUUCUGUGGCAGUGUUGGAUGUGAGGGACCUCGAGAACGGGGAGGCCAGGGGCGUCACGCACUACAAGUGCGACGUCACGGACAAGGAGCAGCUUGCGCGUGUUGCCAAGCAGAUCGAGCAAGAUCUCGGCCCGCCCACAGUCCUGAUCAACAACGCAGCCGUGGUGGUGGGCAAGCGACUCCUAGACAUGGACAUGGCCGAGAUCGACAAGAGCCUCAGCACGAACCUGCUCUCGUGCUUCUACACCCUCAAGACCUUCCUGCCCGCCAUCACCCGCAGCCAGACCGGCGGCACCGUCGUCACCAUCUCCAGCGUGAUCGGGCAGGUCGGUGCGGCGCAGCUCACCGACUACGCGGCCGCCAAGGCCGGCCUGAUCGCGCUGCACAAGUCCCUGACGGCCGAGCUGAAGCAGUCGCACCCGAGCGUCCGGACCGUCCUGGUGACCCCCGGCCAGCUCAGCACGCCGCUCUUCUACGGCGUGCAGACGCCCAACUCGUUCCUGGCGCCCGUGGUCGAGCCCGUGGACAUCGCCAAGGAGAUCAUCAGCGCCAUCGACAACGGCAAGGCCGAGUUUAUCAGCGCGCCGCUCUACGCGAGGAUGAUGGACUGGUAUAACGUGCUGCCGCUGAGCCUGCAGACCGUUGUGAGGAGGUUGGCUGGUGUCGACACGGCGAUGCAGAACUUCAUCGGCCGCAAGGGUAAUGAGCUUCAUGAGAAGAACGGAAGCCUGAUAUGACUGGACAAGUGCCGAACCUGAGCCCGGUCCAAAGGCCCAAGAGGCUGCUAGGGCAAGAAAGCAUAAUAGCCGGCUUAUAAGCUUUCUAUGCGGCCAGAACGUAUGAUACAAUAUACUCAAUAACGAGGGGUAGAACAUCUCAUAAUCUAGACAACUGUCACCUAUA